GAGUAUCUUAAAAAUCAGUGACAGUCAGAGCGGAAACACACACCAACACAGUCUGGCUGUAUAUAAACACAGCUAGAUGUAGACAUAACAGGACGGCAAAGGAGCUGCUCACAGUGAAGGCUGGGUUUAACGCUCUGAGCUGAGGAGACGGUCAUGCUGCUGGUCUUUAGAGCUCUGCUGCUUCUGGGUUUGGUGUCUCUGCUCCAUUCCACCAGGAGAGGCCAUGCGGUGUCGGUGGUUUUGGAUCAGGGAGGAGGACCGAGGGGCCAGACUGUCAGACUGGUCCUGGACCCAUCAGUACUGGGGAGGUCUACCAGCAUCCCUGGAUCCUCCAUCGCCAACAUGUCGCUGUCUCCAUGGACAUACAGAGACUCCUUCGUGGCGUCUCGUUUACCCAGACGGAUCUCUGAGGCUCACUGUCUGACCUCCGGCUGUCUGAACCUUCAGUGGGGAGAAGAUGCAGCUCUGGAGGCCAAACCCGUCUACUACCAGGCUCUGGUCUUCUACAGAGUCCCGAGGCCGAGUCGCUCCACUAAAGCAGGAAAGAAGGUGAAGAAGAAGAAGUACGACCUGCGUCUGGGGACGGAGAUGAUCCCGGUGGGCUGCACAUGUGUGAGGCCGAGCGUCGUACCGCAGCUGUAACACGUCAACAUGGUUCCUUCAACACGCUCUGAGGGCUGCUUUUAUCCACAUCAGACUGAUAUAAGGGAUUUUAUAACUUAUCACUGAUUGAAAUCAUGAAUAUUAAUAUUAAUUUACCUCACCAUUAAUAAAGUACAGGGGGUCCUCGACUUACGUCAGAGUUCAGUUCCUACGGCAUGAUGGAAGUCGAUUUAUGCUGUAAAAAUGUAAACAAAGCCGUUCCGUGCAUCGUGAUAUCAAUCAGUUUACAUAUUAAUACAACUACAGUAACGACAAACAGUCAUUAACUCGCACUGACACACAACCAGAGUCUGGUUGAGGCAUAUGGGUUCUGGAAAGCGUCUUGAGACAAUUUGACAUGUAAUUGGUGCUAUAUAAAUAAAAUUGAAUUGAAUUGGA